GAGGAGGAGGAGGAGGAGGAGGAGGAAAAAGGAGGCGGAGGAAGGAGGAGGAAGAGGAGGACGUUGUGGACCUUUUGAUCAAGCGUGGCGAGGGGAUCCACCCCGCCUCGUGCAGGGUGGCAGUGGCGGCCCCGACCGGGACUCGGACCCUGCUUCAGCCAGCGGCUUCCCAUAUUGUCGUGGGGAUCGACCCUAAAGCUGUAUCGCAUUCCAAAUCCACAGACGAGCGCGCGGGAGUGAAGGGCACUCCGGCGCGCCGAAAAUUCUGGCUAAGACGCAGGCGCACGUCGCCAGAGGCGGCAAGAAGCUUAGUUUUGUCCAAGACGAUCAAACGGCGCCCCCGAAGGCCUGCAACAAGCGUAGACGCCGCGUCUGAAAGCACUUACACUACCUGA